AUGCAUAUGGCGAUCGUUGACUCUGUAUUGGAGCUGUACUUCGCUUUCAUGCCCGUUGAGCCCGCAGCUCGCACACUUCUUAUUUGUUCUCGCGAGAACAAGGUCGGAACCUGGCACAUUGACGCUAACUCAUCUACAGGGAGAGCAUCCAAUCGGUUCUUUGGCCGAUACUGUUUCAGGCCGUUUCAUUUACUUGGAUCUAUGACACAUCCUGGCUUCGUCUUUGCUAUUCUCGGGAGACAAGAUGCAAUGAACGGAAGUUAUUUUUGUCUUUCAAGCUAUUUAAUCCCAUCGUCUCCUGAGCCGACGGGUCCCACACACUCUCCUAAGUCAGGAAGGUCAAGGAACCGCAAGGGUACAAGAGAUGCACCUGCCGUUAAGACCAAUGGAGGGAAAAGGGUAUCGGCUGUGCAGGGAAGACCAAGCAGCGAAGCCCAUAAAGCAAAGAACCAGCAGAAUCUCCCAACUGUAAACAAUAAGCACCAUGAGCGCACGGAGUCGCGAACCGGUUCAUCGCAUAGCAUAAAGCAGGAAAUGGACCUUGUUCAGAAAUCUCUUAGUAAUCUGCAAGUAUCUCAAGUGACACUGAUUGAAGGAAAUGUUGCUAGAGUAUGGGGAGCGCCAAGUAAAUCGUAUGUCUUCGGGAAGAAGAUUGGAACAGGUUGCUUUGGAAACGUCUAUCUAUGUAGGGUUCAAGAUGGAACAGCAUACGCUGUGAAAGCAAUGGAACCCACACGGAAGGAAAGCACUAAGGCCAGGCAAGAGUUUGAAGCAGAACUUCUAGCAAACUUCAAGGCAGACCCAAAAUGUCCCAAAUCUAUUGUGAAAUUUAUUGAAUCAUUUGAGUAUUCUGGGACUCCGUUUAAUGACCACAAGAAAUUAUGCCUUGCUUUUGAAUAUCUUGAAGGUCCUGAUAUCGGGGAUGUCCUAUACGACAAUGGUCCCUUAAAGGACUUGACUCGGAUCAAAUCUAUCGUAAAACCAGAGAACAUUGUGUUAGUGUACACAAGCCAGAGUAGCUCGCUCGUAAAAAUUGUAGACUUUGGUCUCUCGACAAAAGAUCCUACAGUUAUUACCGGUUUUCCUUAUGGACCCGUUUUGUACUUUCCUCCCGAACUUCUGGGCGAAAAUAGGGUAGCGACUUGUAAGGUGGACACCUGGGCUCUUGGUGUAAUGCUCUGGGAGAUGCUCCACGGAUUAGAUACUUUUCCGAUUCAGUUGUGGGGACCCGCUCAGGCUGAGCUUGAAGUUCAAAAUCGACGAGGGUUGAGAAGAGAAGAAGAGCGAAAGAGAUUUAAGGAAGAAGUAGAUAGGGAGGCACAGUUGCUCAUGAAUGAAAGGAACAGGACAGAGUUUGCUAAGAAACUUACAUUCAACACAGACGAGUGGAUUAAGAAUGCUGAAGGCAAGUUGGAAUUUGUAUAA